CAGAGUCACACCGUCCUGUUCCAGGCUGUUUAGCUUCUCCAUAAAUUACAAGACACAGUUGGAAGAAUCGCACGAUGGAGGUCAAGCUGUUAGUUUGUGGUGUCGUGCUCGUGGUCUUCGCGGUUACAGGAAGCAACGCACAAUUAGAUGUUUGUGGCAUUGCGCCUCUCUCCCUCAGGAUCGUAGGGGAGGAUGCUCCUGCAGGAUGGUGGCCCUGGAUGGCCAGUCUGCACUUCAACAACAAGCAUGAAUGUGGAGGUUCUCUGAUCAAUGACCAGUGGAUUCUGACUGCUGCUCACUGUUUCGAGAGCCCCAGCACAUCUGGUCUUAUCGUUUACCUCGGACGUCACACCCAAAAACUCUCUAACCCUAACGAGGUGUCCCGGACUGUUUCCAAGAUCAUCACGCAUUCAGACUUUAAUGACGAAACACUCAACAACGACAUAGCCUUGCUGCAACUGUCCUCGCCUGUUUCUAUCACUGACUACAUCAGACCCGUGUGUCUGGCGGCAAAAGGCAGCGUCUUUAAUGCCGGGAUGACCUGCUGGGUCACCGGAUGGGGAGACAUCCAAUUUGGGGUUCCACUUCCUUACCCACAGAAGCUGCAGGAGGUGAAUAUUCCCAUCGUUUCCAACAGGGAUUGUAACAAUGCCUAUGGCUACAUCACAAGCAACAUGAUCUGUGCUGGUCUGACCCAGGGUGGAAAGGACUCCUGUAAUAAGGAUUCAGGCGGCCCGAUGGUGAAAAAAACUGGCUCAAAGUGGGUCCAGGCCGGAGUGGUGAGUAGUGGAGAAGGUUGUGCUGAGCCCAACAUUCCAGGAAUCUACACCAGAGUGUCUGAAUAUCAAUCCUGGAUCAACAGCAAGAUCCCCACCAACCAGCCGGGCUUCAUCAUCUUUCGGCCCCCUGGGACUGACAGUGACCUCAGCGUGCUUCAUCAUCUCUGGAACCUCUUACCUGAUCUCCCUCACGGUUACUCUGCUGCUGUCCGUCGCACAUGUUCCCUUCUGCCUCUUUGUCCUUACAUAGGAAGUUUAAUUGGUUUUGAUUAAUUAUUACAAGAAGAUGUCUGAUUAUGCUUUUGAUUUCUUUAUUUUCUCUAUUAAUUGACUUAUCUUUUUUUAAUGGCAGAAAAUAGAGAAAUAUGUCCUAUUACAAAACUUCCCAUAGCCCAGUGUACUCAACGGUUUGUAAAAUGACUAAAAUAAAUUAUCACAAUAGUAAUUUUAUCAAGUAAUUGAUGACUAAUCAUUGUGUUGUAUUGUGUUCGAUUAACUUUGCUGGAAACAGGUGAACUCAUUUAAACUAAUUUGCAGAAUUUGCACUUUAGUGGAAACUUUGAACUUGUUGGUGUGGACCAUCUUCAACAUCAUGAAAUUAAAUAAUGCAAUUAAAUUUAAAAUUGUAUUGUAAAAUUACAUAAUAAAUUCAUCAUUUAAAGACAAUGACAUUUUUUAUUGAUCAAUUUCAUUAUUUUAUUACACUUCAACAGAUUAGUUUGACUGUUAAAAUGUAAUAUUCAUGUGUUGAAUUUAUUAAGAUGGUUAAAAUUAAACAUACAAGUUGAUAAUUACUCCAGACUCUCAUCAGAGUAAAUUAAAGUCAAUAACAGAUUUUGGCCUGAAACUGAUUAACUAUAUUAUUAUUAAACAUUUGCUCUAACUGUGAAUAUCAGAAGGUCAUGAACGUUGGGAUGUGGCAGGAGAGAUGGUGAAGACAUGUUUUUUUAUUAAUCUGCAUUAAAUUGCAAUUGUAACUGUAAUUAAUGCUUUCAGGUUUUUUGCAACUGUGAUUAAAUCUUUAAGGAGAGGAUAUAUGAAGUACAUUCAAAUUAUACUUACAAUUAUAAACAUUUUCACAAUUUUACAAUAAUAUAUCAAUACAACAGGUAGGCUUUAUUUCAGGGCUGUGUAAUUGGAUGACAUUGUACAGGUGAUCGUAUUUGUUUGGUAUUGAUGUUGUAUGUGUGUUAUGUAAGACUCCUUUCAUACUCUCCACAUAGAUCUCUUUUUUAUUACAUGGGAGCCUCUUGAUUCUACCUACAGAACAUGUCUAUAUAAGGAUUACAACUGUCAAAGGAUAAAAAUGAGGGUCUUAUGUAAGACUAUAAAC